GGCCGUGUGCACGCAGAAAGAAUCUACGCAGGAGAGAGGGAGAAGUUGAAUGGUGGAGCUGAAGAUGGCGGAUGGCGACAGCGGGAGUGAGCGCGGUGGGAGCAGCGGGGGAGGCGGUGGAAGCGGCUUCCAGCACUUCCAGAGGGACCAGGAGACCCAGGAGCUGGCGUCCAAGCGCCUCGACAUCCAGAAUAAGCGCUUCUACCUGGACGUCAAGCAGAACAACAAGGGCAGGUUCAUCAAAAUCGCCGAGGUUGGGGCCGGGGGCUCCAAAAGUCGCCUGACACUCUCCCUGUCAGUGGCGGCGGAGUUCCGCGACUACCUUGGGGAUUUCAUUGAGCACUACGCCCAACUUGGGCCUAGCAGUCCGGAGCAAAUCGCCCAGUCCACUGUUGGAGAGGACGGCGGGCCCCGGCGAGCUUUGAAGAGCGAGUUUCUCGUCCGGGAGAACCGCAAAUACUACCUGGACUUGAAAGAGAACCAGCGGGGGAGGUUCUUGCGGAUCCGGCAGACCGUUAACCGCGGACCGGGGUUUGGAGUCGGGGGCCCAGUGGGCGGCAUGCUAGCCGGGCAGACCAUAGCCCUUCCGGCCCAGGGGUUAAUUGAGUUUAGAGACGCCCUUGCCAAGCUUAUUGAUGAUUACGGAGGAGACGACGAGGAGCUGGCCGGGGGAACCGCGGCCGGCGGCUAUGGCGAGCUUCCCCAGGGCACGACCAUCAUCGUGGACUCCAAACGCUUUUUUUUCGACGUCGGAUCCAACAAAUACGGAGUGUUCCUGCGGGUCAGCGAGGUGAAGCCGAGCUACAGGAACUCUAUCACCAUCCCGUUCAAAGCCUGGGGCAAGUUUGGAGGGACUUUCUGCAGAUACGCCGAGCUGAUGAGGGAGAUCCAGGAGAGGCAGCAGGAUAAAAUGUACGAGAGGAGAGAUGAGUCUGAGGGAGAUGACGUGGAUGACGACUGAGAAAUUUGUUAGGGAAACAGCUGAUAGUUCAGUUCAGUGAGAUCCGCAAUAGGGGUAUUUUGCAAAAAAAAGAAAAAAAAAUGACGCAGAAACGACAGAAUUAAAGUGCAUGACGAAUCGUGCUGUAAUAGUCUACUAAAAUAUGAUGGCGUUAAAAAAAGAAGUACAUUUGCAGGGAACUAUUGGUUUAUUAUUCUGAAGUCUGUGCUGAGGGGUUGGAUUGGUUGUGAGAAUCUCAGAAAGUGCUAGUCAUGGACUAAAUGUGUAAAUGAGAUUAUUUUCGUUGGUUGAAAAAGUGAUUUAUGCUUUAUAAACACAAAGGAAAGAGAGAACCUACUAAAACCAGCAAUUUGGUUUUUAUAACUAGAAAAAAGCCAAAAUCUUUCUUGUUGUUGCAACAUAGUUUAUAUUUAAAGAGUAAGGAGUCUACCGUGACCCAAUUGUCAUAGAUAUUUCCAUUGCUCCUUGUAAGGAGAGAACCAGCAUCCAUUGUAUUCCUGUUCCAGUCCAGGUCUCUCCUUUGUGGGCAGUAUGUGGGAUUCUUGCAAGUUAGUCAGAUGAGUCUGAGAGGAAUGUAUAGAAAGCAGCUGUCACUCUGUGGAGGAUUGCAUUUGACGUGUUAACAGAUGGAGAGCUGUGUAACAUGGGCUGUGCAUUUGCAGGCCCUUAAAUGAAAAGAUUACCCAAAAUGUUACAGGAAGUUACUGAGAGGAUUAUGUGUAAGCCCCCCCCAAAACAAGGGCCUCUCUGAGACUAAAUUCAAGCUUUGACCUCACAUUGAUAAUUGCUGUCUUUGCCACAUUCAAACACAGAAAAUAAGAAGAACGGAUCAGUUUGGACGUUUUACAUUUUAUUACAGUCUCAGCAAUAUACAGAGUACCGCCCCUUAUUUAAGUGAACGUGUUGCAGCAUCUGUUAAGAUCUGCUCAGCAUGGAAAAGCAAUGAGUUCCCUCACACCAGUGCAUCCCUGGUGUGUGAGAAUGACAGCUCUGAAAAACCAACAAGCAGAGAGAGGACGCGUCCUGUGUGUGCUUAGUGGGAGCCAGCUCCACAAGGAACAACAUAAGUUAUGGGACCUUUUGAUGCACAUUUACUCCCACAGCCACUAGGGUCCAAAUGUCCUGCAGUUAAGAGGGGAGCGUUGCUUCAGAUGGGAUGAAGCUUCCCCGGCCCUCCAGCUCUGCUCCUAGAGCCGGUGGACUGUGGAGCGUCAGUGACAAGUCACCAUCAGCCUCUCCAUGGUGGUCAGAGCUGGAAAGGCAGCUCUCUUGCCAGCACCUGGCCACACACUGGCUUAGCUUACAACAGCUGACUACACACAAAGACUCUGGACAGAAACGCAUGGAUGGAUGUUGUUUUGUUUUUUGUUUUCUUUUUUUUUCUUUUCAAAAGAGAACUAUAUUGAAAUGAGAAUAUACUUAUAAGAAAGAAAGUACUGAACAAAGCAGCAAAAGAUAUUUUGAAAUACUUAAAAAAGCAAAAAUGUAUGUUGUAAAUUAAUUUCAAGACAAAGUAAAUAAAUAAAAGGCUAAUUUCGUAAAAAAACAAAAAACAAUGCUGCAACUGAAACUUCCAGGAUUUUUUAAAAAUUCACAUGAAUUUUCUUAGAGUGAAAGUAUAACAAUUCAUUAAUUAAAACAAGAUCAAUUGCAAUACUCCUAUGUUGUGACUGUAUAUUUUUAAAAAGCCCCACUCUUUCCUGCCUUCACUACCACCUUCAAGAGAUGAGUCUUCUCUGUGCCCUAAUUUUUUGAAGGUGAGCAGGAAGAGGUCAUAUUGUAAUUAUUAAUGAAAUGAGCUUAUAUUUUGAACAAUAGCCUAAAUAUUGCAAUGUUUUAUGGUCUUUUACAAUGUUAAAUGUUAUCGUCAGUCAGGCAUCUGCAUUGACAUGCAGUUGUCCUUUUGCUGGCUGACCUCUUUAAUAGGUUUUUUGCUAACAUUUACCUAAGCUUGCAUGAUCCAAUUGAUGUGGAACAGAGCAAUGCCUCCUGGGAAGCGAUAUCCAGGAUGUCGCUUAGAGGUCAGGCUGAAAUAGGGAUGUCACCAUUCCACAAUAUUGGCAGCUGAUACCAUGCCAGCAAAAUUACAAAAUUCUCAAUAGCACAGCAAAAACAAAUCCUAUUUGCUUUAUUUGACUUGGUACCAAAGUAUUGAUUCUUGUUACAUCCCUAGUCUGAAGAAUAAAAAACACCAUAUCCUAAGGCAA